AUGGCUUCCAGCUCGAAUUCAUUACAUUCCGAAUAUCACCACGAGUCGUUACUGAGGGAUCCCUACGAGAUCCACAAUGGCCGUCGCUAUCUGCGCGAAGUGCCCUACCCGCUGCCCUGCGAUCUCCCCGAGAUGCAACGACAGAACCUGCGCACGCUCCUGGGAUGUAAGAUCUUCGGCCGCGCCGUCUGCUCACCAAAUUUCGGUCGCGAAGCCCCGGCCAGAAUAUUAGAGGUCGGCUGCGGCACGGGAUACUGGUCGGCCAUGUGCCAUGACUAUCUCUCCCGCUCGCAGGGUGCGAGGAACGUCGCGUUCACCGGGCUCGACAUCGCGCCCGUAGCGCCGGACCUCAACCGCUCGGGAAUGAAAUGGAAAUUCGUUCAACACGACCUUCGACGGGUCCCGCUGCCGUUCGACGAUGGCGAAUUCGACCUCGUCAUGAUCAAGGAUAUCAGCAUGACUUUGUCCUUUGGCCAACCAUAUCAACAAUUUAUCAGCGAGUGCGUACGGAUUCUUCGCUAUGGCGGUAGCAUAGAAGUCUGGGAAUCAGAUCACAUCAUCCGCUCACUAUUACCACACCCUCCACCCGCUCCGAACCGAAACCCCCAAGAACGCGACCUUGCGGAAAAGACCGCAACAUAUUGCCUUACCCAUAGUACGCCCUUCGCGCCCGCCCAAAAUCGCUAUAUUCGGCAAGCCAAUGCUUGGAUGGCGAUAGCCUUGGACCGCCGGAAACUCACUCCCACACCAUGCGCGGGCAUCAUGCAAAUGCUCAGCCAAGAACCUACCCUCAGCGCCAUCGGCUGUCGCCGCAUCGCUGUCCCACUGAACGAAUUAAGCUGGGAGCGCGGCAUGUCGCGCACCAACAGCCUCGAGCCACACGACUCGCCCAUGUCCACCGAAUCUCGCAUGAAGGGCCGACUCGCAAACCAGCAGCUCACCGAAGAGCAAUGUGCUCUGCGACAGACAGCGCUGGUGACCGUCAUCCAGAUGAUCGAAAGCCUGGAGUUGGUCCUCCGCGAUGCGAGUGGAUAUGGCUCCGAAGAAUGGAGUCAUUGGUGGACUGCCAUGAUGGCUAGCUUGGCGGAUCCAAAUUCAUGCUCGCUGAACGGUGAGUCGCUUGAGCUUGGUGCGUGGUGGGCGACGAAACAGUACUCCGAGUAUUGA